AGAGGCCAGCAUAAUUCCCGCUCAAAGAACUACAAAGUCCAUAGGGCCUUUCGGCCAGAGCGCCUGCGCAGUGAGCACUUCUUCCAUUGUGUUCCUCGUUCCCGGGCAAGACCCGCCCCGCGACGCUGUGGCUUGCGCUGGAAGAAGCGGAAGAAGAUGGCGCUCACCAGCUUUUUACCUGCGCCCACUCAGCUAUCUCAGGACCAACUUGAAGCUGAAGAAAGAGCAAGAUCUCAGAGAUCGCGGCAGACCUCGCUGGUCUCCUCUCGAAGGGAGCCUCCCCCAUACGGAUACCGGAAAGGCUGGAUUCCGCGCUUGUUAGAAGAUUUUGGAGAUGGAGGUGCUUUCCCAGAAAUCCAUGUGGCCCAGUAUCCACUGGAUAUGGGGCGAAAGAAAAAAAUGUCGAAUGCCCUGGCCAUUCAGGUGGACCCUGAAGGGAAGAUUAAAUACGAUGCAAUUGCGCGACAGGGGCAGUCCAAAGACAAGGUAACCUCUCACUGGUUUCGUUGAUUUGUUUUGGGGUUU